AUGUACUCACCAGAUCAAUGGGAAAUCUUGUCUGAAGUCAAUAGCGUUACAUGUAUUACCAUCGUAUCCUUGAUCUUUGGUCGAAAACUAGCAAGCAUAGAAGGCCCUAUCCAUUAUGUUCGUGCUUUAUUACUCGUUCUAUAUGGUCUCUCUUGGGCAUUCAAUUUAAUUGCUUGUAUGUUGACAAGUACAAAUAACGGAAACUUUAUCUCUUGUGUCAUGACUCAUUUCAAUGUUGCAUUGAUUGCAACUGGAGCCAAGAUCGUCUUGUAUCUCUACUUUAUUGAAAAGAUAUAUAUCCUAUCGGUGCCCAAAGUAUCACGAUUUCGCUCUUCUUUAUACUUGGUUAACUUGGGUCUUUUGUUACCAGUAUUUGCUAUCAUCAUUCUUCAGAUUAUAUUUAGAAUUAGUAUUGUAGAAGCAGACUAUCCAUUCCAUUGUUCAGUUGGCUUCGAAUUACCAGCCUCCGUCAUUUCCUUGGGUUAUGAUGCCUUACUCAACAUCCUCUACGCUGGUAUCUUUAUCAAGUAUCACUGUUUCCCUACAACAGAGCAACAAACUGAUCACCAGUCCACAUCUGUUCUUACGAUGGCUAAACGAAAUGCUAUUGCAGCAGUUAUUUCCUUACUCGUCUUGUGUAUUAACUAUGUCAUCCUCAUCUGCUUUAAUGGUUCUGAAAGAGGCUUGGUUGCCUCUAGUCUGGUUGCUAUCGCCCUUACCAUCAUUUGUGCGACCAUCCAUUGGGUCACUACUCACCCAGCCGAAAGUCAACUGAAUGGAAAGAAUGCAGAUAAAGCCUAUCCAUUAGUAAUUAAGCAGCUUCAAGAAGUAACUGUGCAGACCGAAUUUAAUCGUGCAUAA